AUGUUCACCCCUGCCGAGGCAACCUCGGCCCUUCAUCCACUCGAGCCCCGACACGACGGCGGAUGCGCGGCGAUGGCGGACCUGCAUCGGCAAUUCGCGAGUCUAGGUUUUGAUGACGCAGAAGGGGAUGACCGUCACCAUGACCAUGACCGUGAUUCCGAGGCGCUUCACAGCGAGCCUCACGGAACUACACCAGUAGCAGCAAGAUCAUCAGCAGCAGCCGACGAUGGUGGCGUUGAAGGCCCUCCUGCUACCUCUGCCUCUGCAGCCACUCCUUCCUGUUCUGUUGUCGCUUCUCCAUCUCCCAAUGUUGAGUCUGUCGGCCCUGACACCAUUCCUGCGCGCGCCUCGCCUCGCCAGCUGCUAUCACCCCCUUCUGGUAACAACACCAUCGGCUCCUCCUCACAGCUCUCUGCUUCCCCACAAUCCACAGCACCCCUCUCCCCAGCACCCAGCAUUGUGACAGUCCGACUCCCGGCACGUCAUCACACCACACGCCCCUCCUUGGCACGCCGGUGUGCUGCAUCUCGCCCAUCCGCUUCGAAGCUGGUCGACAUAACGCUUCUGAGGGAGAUCAUAUCGUUCGUGUCGGAGAGAGCGUCAAGAAAUGCGGCGAGGGAGGCGAGCAGGAACCCGCAGGGUGUGGCGAAUGCAAGGGAGCACGGAUUGUCUUAUACCGAGGCUGAUACCGAUGGGAUUCAUCUGUCGGAUGAGGAUGUGGAGGAGCUGAAUGGAAUGCUGAAGGGACGCGGUGUUGAUGUUGGCGCAAUGCAGUUGGAGGCCAUUGUGGAUAAGUAUGGCAGGACUGUGCUGCACGUUGCUGCUCGCGACGGGAAAGUAAUUGUGUCCUCCCUUUUCGCUAUGCUUCCUGUCGCCGCCCUUUGCUACUAUUCCCUGCUCCUGUGCCCGAAGGAGAGUCCUGUUCAAACGUCCAUCUGGAUGCGCUCCCGUGGAGAUGAUGCGAUUCAAGCCGACGCUUGCCUUCUUGAAUACUUAUCGAAGUUCACGGAACUGACAUCUCUGAAAGUAUGCGAUUGCGAUUUCGAUGACGAGUGCGAGUUUUUCUUAGGCCUCGGAUUCGCUUGUCCCGCGUUGACUCAUCUUGACCUUAGAAGCCAGCAGGAAGACGCUGUGACUCGGGAUGAUCUGGAUGCACUCUUUACUGCUUGCACGGGGUUAGAGCAUCUCUCACUAGCUUUUGAUGCAUCUCCCGCAGAUCUCCCACCAUCGUUCUUCCGUCUGUCUUUCCUAAAGGAGCUUUAUUUGAAAGCCCUCCCUUGUGACAUUCCUGAUGAAAUCGGCAAGCUGACAUGCUUGAAGAAGCUGACGUUCGACGACCUCCCGUUCAGCGAGCUCCCAGACUCGUUUGGAAUUCUCACCGGGCUGACCGAGCUGCAAAUAUUACGCUGCAACGGAUUCGAGCACUUGCCCGAGUCCUUUGGAGGCCUCAGUUCGCUCGUCAAACUCAUCAUAUCCUCUGCAGAGCAGCUGGAGGAUAUUCCGGACAGCAUUGGCCGCCUUCAGAACCUCCAAGAGUGCGUCUUGAAGCGCAACCCCUUCCUCUCCGCCCUCCCGGAUUCGUUCUUCCUGCUUACUUCGCUGCGUGUCCUUGAGCUAACGGAAUUUGAAGAAUUGCAACAUCUCCCUAGCGCCAUUUCUAAUCUUGUUUCUCUCGAGAGCCUUACCAUCAAGAUGUGCAUUAAGCUCAGGGAACUUCCAGAAUCCAUGGAUUGCUUCUCAUCUCUGCAGCAUUUGGAGUUGUGGCAACUCAGUAGCCUCACUCGACUUCCUGAUUCCAUUUCCAGCCUCUCCAAACUUCAAACCUUCUCCUUCAAUCAUUGCAACAGCGUUACCAGGGUUCCACGAAUCCUGUUGCGGAACUGGAGGUCAAGCCUCACAACGCUUGAGUUUGGAUGGCCAACUAGCUGCCCGGCUGGGAAUGCAGCGGAUGCGACACAUUUUGUUGACGGCUUUAAGUGGUCCCUCUGCAGGCUUGAGAGCCUGUCAACGCUCUCACUGUUUGGCAUUCCCCGCCUGACUUCAUGCGCUUUUGAGGUGAUCAAGUUUAAAAGGUUGCAGCGGCUGACGAUGUGCUCCUGCCCCGACCUGCGAUCCUUGCGCUGCAUCUAUCGGCAUACCGCUGGUGAGAGGAAGGACUGGAGAAGGCGGGUGAACGUGGGACGUCGGUCAUCAUUUACUGGUGAUGUGGUGAGGCUGGACGGGCAUGUGUACAACAGGGCCCUCAGGGUGCGGGCAUGUGGGGCGUGGAAUGGGAGUUGA